UGUUUUAUGUUUUUUAAUGUAAUAAUUGUAAAGUUUUAUUGUAUUUUAUUUUAACUAAAUUACAUACUAAAAUAUAAACAAAAGAAAUUGAUGUCAGUGAAACGAAGCAGUAACAAAUAAAUAACAAGCUUCCACUUCCACAGCAAAUUACAUUUAUUUUUAAAAAUGCUGAGCUUUUCUUCACAGGAUUCCAUUAGCAGUAUGAAACCUGAGUGUGAUGCCCUAUCACAUAAAGAAAAAAUCGCAUUUUUACCCGAAAAGGAACUUCUUCAACAUUCCAUAACCUACUCCAAGGAAAAUGACUUGGAAUCCAUGACAUGUACCACUAGUUCAGGAAGUAGUCGAGAAAAAUGGGGCAAGGAAAUCGAAUUCCUUUUAUCGUGCAUAGCUCUGUCGGUUGGACUUGGUAAUGUAUGGCGAUUUCCGUUUAUUGCCUUGGAAAAUGGUGGGGGAGCCUUCGUCAUUCCAUAUAUCAUUGUUUUGUUGUUGAUUGGAAGACCUGUGUACUAUAUGGAAGUGAUAAUUGGACAAUUUUCAAGUCGUGGAUGCAUAGAGGCUUUCGAUAUGGCACCAAUAAUGAGAGGAAUAGCAUAUGGCCAAGUGUAUGCAACUGCCUUGGCAACAACUUAUUACGCCUGUAUAAUGGCCAUAACUAUAAAGUACCUGAUAGCUUCGUUUUCAUUUACACUGCCAUGGACCCAUUGUCGUCCUGAAUGGGGACCGCAAUGUAUUGAUUCAACCGAAAUUGAACUCAAUAAUCAAACUGAAUUCACCAAUAGAACAUCUUCAGCUGAAAUAUAUUUCACAAAAGGAGUCCUUCGAGAGAAGCAUGAUAUAAAUGAUGGAAUUGGUACACCAAAUUGGGAUCUAGUUCUAUGUCUUGCUGCAGCUUGGCUUAUUAUCGGGACAACUUUAGUGAAAGGUAUACGCAGUUCAGGAAAGGCAUCUUAUUUUUUGGCAAUAUUUCCAUAUUUUGUGAUGAUUAUUUUGCUCUUUAGAGCAAUAACACUGCCAGGAUCAAUCGAUGGAAUAAUUUACUUUUUGAAACCUCAAUGGAAUCAGCUAUUGAAUGCAAAGGUUUGGUACGCAGCUAUUACCCAAAUGUUCUUCUCACUAGCAAUUUGUUUCGGAACUUUGGUCAUGUAUGCUUCAUACAACAAUUUUCGAAAAAACGUUUAUCGGGAUGUUAUUAUAAUUACUACAGUUGAUUCGUUAACAUCAAUCUUAGCUGGUUGUAUUAUUUUUGGCAUCUUAGGUAAUUUAGCCUAUGAAACUAAAGCCAAUGACAUUUCUAAAGUGGUCCAGGGUGGAGCUGGACUUGCUUUUAUAUCAUAUCCCGAUGCAAUUGCAAAAUUUAAAUAUUUUCCUCAAGCUUUUGCAGUGCUUUUCUUCCUGAUGCUACUAGUCUUAGGGAUUGGGAGUAACAUUGGAAUGACAUCGUGUGUCAUAACUGUCAUUAAGGACCGUUUUAAUCACCUCCCACAUUGGCUUUUAGCAACAAGUAUUUCGUUAAUCGGCUUUGGAUGUGGAAUCGUUUACCUCACUCCUGGAGGGCAGUUCAUUUUGAACUUGGUAGACUUUUUCGGAUGUUCAUUUAUAGCAUUGUUUUUGGCUAUCGCUGAGCUAAUUUCAGUAGCUUGGAUUUAUGGAGUAAAACGGUUUUGUCAGGAUAUAGAAUUUAUGUUCAAUAUCAAGACAGGAUUUUACUGGCGUAUAUGUUGGGGUAUUUUAACCCCCGGUUUGAUGUUCCUAGUUUUAGCUUAUACUGUAGUUACAUACAAGCCAUUAGAUUAUAAAGGCAUCACUUACCCGAAAGCAGUUUAUCAGCUUGCCUGGAUUAUUUGGGGUAUUGGAGUAGGGCAACUUCCGAUUUGGGGAUUUUAUGCUGUUUAUAAACAACCAGGGAAGACUUGGACUGAGAAAGUCAAAGGUGCCAUGGAACCAACCCACAACUGGGGACCCUUGGAGCCAAAAAUUCGUGAUGAAUAUCGUCAAUACCGUGCGGAGCUUGGUGACGAGAGACCAUUAAGUUUGUGGGAGCAAUUUUAUGAUAACGUUUUUGGAUAAUCCUGCUUCUUAAGCAGUUUUAUUACAAUUUCACAUGCAAUUUAGUAUUUAGUUGAACAAUUUUUAUACCAAAGGUCUUAAACGAGAACUAAGAGCCUUAGGUUUUUUUUUAACCAAAAAGCCUUCAAUGACAUUUAUAAGUUUGUUUUAAACUAUAUGUCAUGGAAAGUUUUGUGCAAAUUUUGAAAGCAUAUUUGCGCCAGUUUUAAUGCUCGCAUAACUAAUGUAUACGAUAUAUACUUUUUUUGAGCUUUUAUUUCUAAAAAAAUAGCUCAACGUAGAUUUUAGGUAGAUUAAUAAAAAAUAGUUUUUAGAAUU